UAUCGCUGCAAGCUGUGUGGUAUUUUGGGACUAGUUCUCUGUGGUUCUGCAAGGGUUCGAUCACUGUGGCGGAUGGGAAAUACACCAUGGCAAUCUCCAAUCAAUCCAGAUUGAUCCUACGAAUUGUGAUCGAUGCUAUUUGCUACAGUCUAGCCAUCUUGCCGAUUAUAAUACUGCGGUCUCGCCCGUCCCCGUACCGACGGGGUUUCUUCUGCAAUGAUCAGAGUAUCAUGUAUCCUUACAAAGAAACCACUGUCUCAACUGGUAUGCUCACUGGUGGUUGCUUUGGAAUGGUGAUUCUCGCGGUGGUGGUUAUUGAAUUGAUUGUCUUCUUCAAGUUUACCAGAAAGAUUGCCUCACCGCCAAGCCCUCCUCUUUGCUGCUGCAAGCUUAACGGUCUAUUCCUCGGGAUAUACCGUUAUUUUGGUAUCUUUAUCUUCGGCGCUGCUGUCUGUAUGGCAGUUACUUUUAUAUUUAAAAACGUUACAGGGCGUAUGAGGCCGCACUUCUUUGAUGUGUGCAAGCCGAAUUGGAGUGUUUUCAACUGCAGUGGUUUUGUUGAUGAUUAUAAUUGCACUGGAAAGGAGGUUGACAAGAUUCUGGAAGCAAGAUUGUCGUUUCCAUCUGGUCAUGCCUCGCUCGCAGUCUACACCGCUACCUAUGUCAUGCUUUACAUGCAAGCCAGGUUACAAUGGGAGAAUGUUGUCAUGAUACUGAAACAUCUCAUCCAGUCCGUUGUCAUGUUCCUUGGUAUCUACGUGGCGGUGACAAGGGUUGUAGACAACAUGCACCAUUGGAGUGAUGUAUUGGCUGGGAGUCUUCUCGGAUUCGGCAUCGCCAGCGUCAUGGUUUUUGCAAUCUCUGAUCUCUACCACAAGCCCUUGGCAAAGUCGCACGAACAACAACUUGCAGAUCAUUGGAACGAAGCGACGAAAAGCAAUGACAUUGUGUAAGAUAACAAGUGACAUUAAAGGACGGUGAAAAAGAAACAGUGGAUCAACAUCUAUAAGAUACAAAACACAACAGUGGUCGUGGCAUAAAAGUCACACUGGAUCAUAACCCAAAGGAGAAGCUUGUGGCAAGAAAAUGUACUUUGGAUUAAAGUUGCAUUGCAUAAUAACGAAACCGUGAAUCAUAAUCAAAAGCAUGGCAUGGAAAUAGUAGAUCAGAAUCUAUUGUUUGUGGCAAGAAAACGUACAAAUUGAACCAAUAGUCGCAACGUUCCCAAUUAGUUGUUAAUAAUCCAACGUAGCAUAAAAAAAACCCAGUUGAGCUAACUUGAUUAAAAAUUGUUUGGCCUACUCAAUCGUGCCAAAAUCGUAAAGGGGAAAGAUGUCCGCCAGAAAAGCGAGGCGGCAUCACCAGUAUACGAGUCUGAGUGGGAAUUGUUGAUGUUGAUGCCGUCGUAAGUGAACGUGAUAUAGUCGGCCUAAUUAUUAUACAUGACGUAGACUGGUUGACGGUCUGCUGGCAUUCAAACAAGAAUAUGGUCGCCGAUCAGGCCCUUUCCAAUACAAAACGCUAAGCAUAAUUCCCAAUGGACUCGUUAGGGGCCUAACAGUUACAUCAUUCUAAUACAUAGACCUACGAGUGUAUAAUAGUAUCCAUCACUGCCAUGAUCAUUAGUGAGCCUUAAUGUAGGCCAAAGUUAUUCUCAACACUAUGCAUGAAUGUAAAGGAUCAAAGUGAGGACAAAUACUCCUUUCCCUGCAAUCAAGGUAAGCUAUGAGUUUAUUAUAGGAUAUCUGAGUUUGCUAUACUGAAGUAAUAAGGUAGAAUGUGGUAAAUUGUAGCCCUGCAUAUGCUAUUGACUGAUAUCCCUAUGCAUCAAACAAUGCCAGAGCUACAAAUAAACCGAGGCUACAAAUACCCCUUUCUACCGUACAUGUACACGUCCUUCUUUGUCAAGAUGUGUUACCAAUGAGUGGCGCACUCAAGCUGUCCAUGCACGUCCAAUGUAUUUUCUAUACUGGACCCACCCAACCGAAAAGAAGGGUCAAUACUGAGUAUAAAGCUAAAGGGCCAUCGUUUUCAAGCAAGGGGUUUUGAUGAGUAAAACCUAAGGUAAAACCCGUCCAAUUUCUGCAUGUAUUUCAAUUCCAAGUUUUAACGGCUUAUUAUUACAGAGAGUCGACGCAGGAGCCAGGUAAGUCAGAUUAAGUUGCACUAAUUCGCCGAUAGGGGCCCCCGUACCACCAGUGUGGUCGUCUUGAGUAAAUAAGCUGUUUACAAAGGUCAGGAGCUAACUAGUAAUGUCCUCCUAGCUGCCAAGGCUAUAUCCAUGAAUUGACACUCCCGUCCCUGCUUCUCCAUCAGCAUUGUAUUGAUUCUAACCAAUGAAGCUUCAAAAUGCAUGGUUUGCCACCAAAAUUCUCUUGAAGUUACAUUUUGCAGGGAGGACACGAUUUGAGUGAUGCCAAGGCGCGGAGGGCGUCGCCGGGCCAGACCAAGGCGCAGAGCCAAGAAACGGACACAUAUCGGCCACCGCCACGGCGUCGGUCACCACCGCCACGGCGUCGGUCACCACCAUCGACACGUUGGUCAUCAUCAACAUGGCGUCGGUUUCGGACGCCGACGAUUUGGUUUUGGAGCCCGCAGAAAUAGAAGACGCCGUCGGACUGGUGGUGGAGGAGGGGGCAGUGUUCGUGGAUCAGCCGGCCCACCUUGUCUACAGUCGUGUCUGUUUGUUCUUGGCAUGAUGGCAUUCAUUCCUGGCGCGGUGCUGACUGGCAUAGGAUAUUCAGAUGUAGAAAAUCUUCAAAUUGUUGGUCCAAUCGUCUUAUCCAUUUCUCUUUUGCUAAUGGCAGUUGGAAUUAUUUGUUGCUGUUGUAUAAAAAAGAGCACUGCAGAAACACCAUGCACGGAAACGGCCGAUGCAGAGCCUGUCGAUUCGACGGUGGUUGAGAUGGACGGAGAGAGCUUGCAGAUGGUUUACUCGACAGGCGGCGUAGCAUUUGAAAUUCCGCUUGAGCCUGAUGUUGAACCAACUGCACCGGAUCCCUAUGAGCUGGAUGGUACCAUAAUGGACUUAGAAAUGACAUAUCCCGAAACCAGUGAUGGGUACCCCGCAACCAGUAAUGAGUGCCCCGUAUCCGUUGAUGGGUACCCCGUAUCCGGUGAUGGGUAUCCCCUAUCCGGUGAUGGGUAUCCUCAUACUGAACCACCAGAUUUGACUGCGCCCCCUCCGACAUACGAGAUGGCUACUAGAGGAAUGUAUGAAGCAGUCUGAGCUAGUGCCCGCAACAAUCACGGCUGUAAUCUUCACUCAGGGAAAUACCAGUUAUUGACACUAGCCAUGAUUGUAUCAAUGAAUGUUUUUGUCACAAAAACACACUCAAUCGCAUGUUUUCAUUGUACUGUCAGUACUGACAGGCGUCAUAUGACGUGCGUGUAUCAUGUACGGGAGGUGGACACCUUCUGAAGUGCUGAAAGGAUCUGACAUGGUAACACAUAACAAAUGGGCGUUGCCGUAUUUUCAGAGGGCGGGAGACCAUUUUCUCAAACUGAAAAGUGCUGUGAUGACAAUAUAGGAGAUGGGAACAGUCUAAAGUAUUGCGUUGUUGAUUUUGCUCUAUAGCCUACGCAUCAAGUGACCUUUUAUCUUAUGUAGAUUUUGUGUUACAAGAACCGUGUAGCCUUUUAUCGAUCAUAGACAACACUUGAGUGAUGCACGAGACGAAUUCAUCUAUUUGACUUGCAUGUACGUGUACAUCUAUAUUCAUAAAUGUAAUGGAACAUUUUAUCAUUUUUUUAAGUCUGAUUCGAUUAUAUUGUAUAAUUUUAUGCGUACUGUACCUGCCGUACAUCUAUGUAUUUUGUUUUUUCGUGAGAAUAAACUA